AUGAAGUAAAUACUGAGAGAUAGAAUAAUUUUAAGAAUGAAAUAAUGGAUAUUGACAGAUAGUGUUAGUAAGACAAUAGAUAGUUUAGAUCAUUUCUAUAUACCAAUUCCAUUUGGUGGAACUAUUUGA